AUACCUUUUGUAUGAUGUAAAUCCUCCUGAAGGGUUCAACCUUCGCAGAGAUGUCUACAUUCGUGUUGCUUCCCUUCUAAAGACCUUGCUGAAAAGUGAAAACUGGGUGUUAGUUCUGCCUCCCUGGGGACGCCUUUAUCACUGGCAGAGCCCUGACGUCCUUCAGGUCCAAUUACCUUGGUCAGAGUUCUUCGAUCUCCCAAGCCUUAACAGGAACAUCCCUGUCAUUGAAUAUGAGCAGUUCCUUGCAGAGUCAGGUGGGCCCUUUAUUGAACAGAUUUAUGUCCUACAAGGCUACGCAGAGGGAUGGAAGGAAGGAACAUGGGAAGAAAAAAUAGAUGAAAGGCCAUGCAUUGAUCAGUUUAUGUACUCCAAAGACAAACAUGAGUACUACAGGGGAUGGUUCUGGGGUUACGAGGAAACGCGGGGCCUAAAUGUCUCUUGUUUGUCUGUCCAAGGAUCUGCCUCUAUUGUGGCUCCCAUCCUUUUGAAGAACACUUCAGCACAGUCAGUGAUGUUAGACAGAGCUGAAAACCUUCUCCAUGACCACUACGGAGGGAAAGAUUAUUGGAAUACCCGUCGGAGCAUGGUGUUUGCUAAACACCUCCGUGUGGUGGGAGACGAGUUUAGAAACAAGUAUCUGCAAUCCACAGAUGAGGCAGACAGGACUCAUUACAAGGAGGACUGGACACAGAUGAAGGUUAAGGUGGGCACAGCUCUAGGUGGUCCAUACCUUGGGGUUCACCUCAGAAGGAAAGACUUCAUUUGGGGUCACAGAGAAGACGUGCCUUCCCUGCAAGGAGCAGUAAAGAAAAUCCGCAACCUCUUGGAGAUGCAUAAACUCAAAAAAGUUUUUGUAGCCACCGAUGCUGUCGAGGAGGAGAUUGAGUUGCUCAAGAAACUUCUGCCUGAGAUGGUGAGGUUUGAACCCUCUUGGGAGGAGCUGGAACUCUACAAAGAUGGGGGCUUGGCCGUGAUUGACCAGUGGAUCUGCGCGCAUGCGAGGUAUUUUAUAGGCACCUCAGUUUCAACAUUUUCCUUCCGGAUACAUGAGGAAAGGGAGAUCUUGGGAUUUGAUCCAAACACAACUUACAACCGAUUCUGUGGUGAAAAAGAGAAAAACUGUGAGCAGCCAACUCACUGGAAAAUUGUAUACUAAAAUACAGAGAAAUCCAAGGACUUUGAUACUGGUGAGCUCAAAAGAAUAAGGAAAAACUACAGAGAAAUACUUCCUUUGAUCAGACUACACCUCAGUCCUCUGCCCUCUUCUUGGUGUUUACUGGACGUUUGGGUUUUGAAGCAGAAGCAGCAGUCAUCUUCUUAGUCAGGCGUUGCUGGGAGUGAGGGAAAAGAAGCUGGCCUGGCAU